CUUCUGUGCGUGCAGAGGUUAACGCGUGCCACAUACACGGCGUAUACGCAACGUGCGUUGCCAGCUAAGCUAACAAAAAUACGUAAAUCGAGCGACACGUGAAUGAAUUGAGCAGCAAUUGCAAUGUGAGUACAGCAAUCAGCUUUAAGAACUGCUUGGGCAUAAAUAUUGUCAACAGUGCCGAGUUGUCAAGACAACGAGAACGACGACAACGACGACGAGCAACAAAAAAGAAAUUACAAUAGAAGAUACAAAAUACGAAAAUAGAAAAGAAAGCUAACAGCAGGGAAGCCGGCGAAUUUAGCAGCAGGCAAACUGGCAAGCGACUGCUGCACAUCCUGCCUGCCUGCCUCGUGCCUCAGUUGCGCCUCGUUUGUGGCAGGCGCGCAUAUCCGUUUCUUAUCGCAGCAAUGUAAAAGCGUUUCCGCUUAAUGCUUCAACCCGACAUUGUCGAUUACAAACGCAGCAUCAACAUCAGCAGCAGCACCAGAGCCAGCACCAGCAGCAGCUUAAGUCGAUAUAUAACUAGCAGUAAUAGCUGCAACGGCUUAACAGAAAAUUGGAAAGGAUUUCGAAAAUGAGCACGCCGCUGCAAUCUCAGUCCACGAUGCACAAAUCGAUGGCCAUGCCGCUGCCUCUGCCUCUGUGGGGCACAUUACUUCUGCUACUGGGCAUACAAAAUGCCAUCCAAAGUGUUGAGGCACUCACACUCUCGAACCUCUCCGUCCCGCGCAUCAUCGAUGUCGCACAAAAGGCCAAACUCUCCUGCAGCUAUGAGAUGGGUAAUCGUACACUGAACUCGGUUAAAUGGUAUAAGGAUGGCCAGGAAUUUUUCAGAUACUCGCCGCUAACGCCGCCGACAACAAAUUGGUUUCCCGUCAAAGGUGUCACCAUUGCCGAUGGCUCGUCGCUUUGCAAUCAAUUCAUGUGCAACGUGGAGCUGGAAAAGCUGAACGUAAACUCGUCGGGACAAUAUCGCUGUGAGGUGUCCGGCGAUGCGCCCGAAUUCAAGCUGAUCGAUAAAGCGGCCAAUCUGACCGUUGGCGUGCUGCCCAAGUCUGAUCCCGAAAUCAGUGGCGUGGAGCGCACCUAUCAAUAUCGCAAUACAUUGCUGGCUAACUGCAGCUUCGAGUCCAGUCCAGCGGCAAAGCUCACCUGGUAUAUUAACAACAAAACGGCGUCACAGAGCAGCAUGUUGCCCGUGGUUUAUGAUGUCAAGCGCAACGAUGACGGCAUCUCCGUCUAUAAAAGUCAUCUGCAGUUGCGCAUCUACAUCGACGACAAGCGCUACAUUAACAAGAGCGAAAUGCUCGAGCUGCGCUGCAGCGCUGAUAUUAUGGGCGUGGCCAGUCUGCGGCGCAGCAGUCAAGCACGCACCACCAUUCUGGCAUCCAAGGGCAGCGGCCACAAUCAGCGUCUGACCGAGAAUGGCGCCUGUGCCAGCGCCCGAGCAGCUACAAUUGCCGCCUGGUUUUUGUGCAUCGCCACUUUGCUGCGCUGGCGCUGCACUUUGAGUUAGUAGCUGUCGCUGUUGGCCGCCUGCCUUUUGGCCUAGUUUUAAGCGCUGGUUUCGUUUGGUUGCAAGUGAAAAAGAACCGAAACACAAAUUAAAAGUGACAAGUUAACAAGCCAAGCAUUCGUAGUCGCUAAACACUUAACA